UACGCCUAAAAAUCGUGUGGGCGGGCAAAAUGGCCUGAUCCUAAAAAAGUUAAGCAGCUAAUAAGCAAAAUCAUUCGCCCUCAACAAUUUCGGUUUUCGAGAGUCUCGGGUACGAAAUAUAACAUAUGGAAAAGUGAAACAGAAAAAGAACAUCGUGUUAUUUGUGUAUUAUUUAUGUGUUGACAUGAACUGAACACGUGAAAAUUCUCCUCGAAUGUGCGAAUCCCCAAGACGACAUUGCCGUUGAAGUCACAGACGUAAAGAAUCGAGGAACUAUGGAAUGCGAACAACGGGAACAACUGUGGAAAAGAUGGCAAACGCGCAAUAGAAGAAGAAGAAGAAGAAGAGAAAGAAAAGGCUGUGUAAGGUGCUGUUUGAGUAGUCGUGUUGUAGAUAAUUUUUCGUUUCGAAGGAAGAUACCAAUAUUAUAUAGUAAUACAAAAUGUCCGAGAGAAAGGUUCUGAAUAAAUACUACCCACCAGAUUUCGAUCCAUCAAAAAUACCUCGUAUGAAAUUGCCGAGGAAUAGGCAAUAUACUGUCCGACUGAUGGCCCCCUUUAAUAUGAGAUGCAUUACAUGUGGUGAAUAUAUUUAUAAAGGGAAGAAAUUCAAUGCACGAAAGGAGGACGUGGAAGGUGAAGAUUAUCUCGGCAUUCGGAUCUAUAGAUUUUACAUUAAGUGCACAAGAUGCCUUCAAGAGAUCUCGUUCAAAACUGACCCUAGGAACACCGAUUACGAAAUUGAAGCGGGUGCCACUCGUAAUUUUAUGGCUUUGAAGCUGGCAGAAGAACAGGCACAAAGAGAGGAGGAUGAGAGGAAGGAGGACGAGGCUACGAACCCAAUGAAGUUGUUGGAAAAUCGCACAAAGCAGUCAAAACAAGAAUUGGAACUUCUGGAGUCUUUGGAGGAACUCCGAGAUUUGAACAGAAGACAGAGAUCAGUGGACUAUGACACGAUGUUGUCUCAGUUUGAUACCAAAGACGUUCAGAAGAAAUUAGAGGCAAAACAAGAAGAGGAAGAUGAAAAAUACAUCAGGUCAAUUUUUGGUGUGGGAGGUUCUAAGAAGAAGGUCAUAUCAGAAGAAAUAAUAGAAACAGUUGAAGAAAUGCAUGCAGCUAGUGCACCUGAUCCCCCAAAGAAAAUUGCAAGGAUAUCUUGUGACCCCAGUGCAAAAUCUGGUACCCAGGAAUGUACAUUGUCAAAAUCGUUAGAUGUGUCACAAAGCAGGAGUGUAGGAAUAGUAAGCAAGAAAGGAGGACUUACGGGGUUAGUUCGCCUGAAGUCAUCAAGUGAUCAAGCAAUAAAACCCACAUUGGCACCUGCCCAAAAUGUCUCCAGUGCUGAUGAACCAAAACCAACUCCCAGUGGACUGUCAUUACUGGGUUCUUAUUCAGGUAGUGACAGUGAGUGAUGUAUGGAUUAAGAGAUGGACUCUGUUGUAGAUUUUUAUAAGGUUCAGGGCACAGUUGAGAAUAGUUUUAUUGAUUGCAUCUGUGAUCCAAUAAAAAGGCAGCAGUCUUA